CGGCAUGCCCCGUUGCUGACGUCACUCCCCGGCUUGGCUGCUCUCGGCCGCCGUCCAUAAGCCGGUAGUUCCGGGCAGAGCGCAGCGUGGAGGCCGCGGGAGGGAGGGGGAUGCGGGAGGCCGGCGGACACUCACCGACAUGGGGAAUCUGUUCGGCCGCAAGAGACGGAGCCGGGUCACCGAGCAGGACAAAGCCGUGCUGGUAAACCGAACCGGGUCACUGGUACCGCCCAGAACCGGGUCACUGAGACCCCUAAUACCCCCUGGUGGCAACACCUCCUGACCGGUCUCAGUACUCAAUACAGGGCAACAGCACCGCCUGAGCCCACUUUAACCCCUUAAGGACACAUGACAUGUCGUGAUUCCCAUUUUUUCCAUAAGUUUGGUCCUUAAGGGGUUAAUAACCCCCAACAACACCCCCGCCAGCGUCCCCCGACCCCGCCUUGACACCCCCCGCCAGCUUCCCCCGACCCCGCCUUGACACCCCCGCCAGCUUCCCCGACCUCCUGCCUUUGACACCCCCCGCCAGCUUCCCGACCCCGCCUUGACACCCCCCGCCAGCUUCCCAAACCCCCGCCUUGACACCUCCCCCGCCAGCUUCCCCUGACCCCUGCCUUGACACCCCCGCCAGCUUCCCCGACCCCGCCUAGACACCCCCGCCAGCGUCCCUCCGAUCCCCGCCUUGGACACCACCCCGCCAGCUUCCCCGACCUCAGCCUCUCUUGACACCCCUGCCAGCUUCCCCGACCCCCGCCUUGACACCUCCCCGCCAGCUCCCCCCGACCCCUCAGCCUUGACACCCCCCCGCCAGCUUCCCCCGACCCCGCCCUUGACACCCCCGCCAGCCUCCCCUGACCCCGCCUUGACACCCCCGCCAGCGUCCUCCGGACCCCGCCUGACACCCCCCGCCAGCGUCCUCCGACCCCCAGGACACCUCCUGCCAGCUUCCCCCGACCCCGCCUUGACACCCCCUGCCAGCAUCCUCCGACCCUGCAUAAAACAACCACCCCCCGUCAUGCAGAAUUGAGACAGGCUCAGUUUGUACUUUGAAUAGUCGGCCUGCUGGUAGUCAGACUAGGGAGGAGGGUAUUCUAUUUAUAAAAACACGUACUACACAAGAGACGCAUUUUAAUCACCUUAAUAACUGGCUGGUUAAGAGUGGGAUGAUGUGUGUUACUCUGUCUCCUUCAGGGGUCUAUAAAUAAUUAGCAAAGACUCCCUAAGGCGACAUCACUGGUUGUGUUGUGGAGGCCUGUGGGUACAGUAGGGGAUCGAUAUAAUUACCUAAUGCUAUCCCCCAUGGAUGAGACAGGGAAGUUGAACUGCAGCUUUCCAGGUAUUUGGGAUUUAACCUUCAAUAAUGCCUUGCAAGUCUGUGACUUACAGAGAAUUAUGGGAAAUGUAGUUCAAAUGUCGUCCCAAAGAAAAACGUGGCUUCUUUAAAAGUGAUUGCUCUUCAGGGACCCACUUGAGCUGCUAGUCUUUAUAUUCUAGUCAAUUCACCUAAUAAUGUGAUAUUGCGAGGUGUAUGACAUCACCACCAGAGCAUUUCAUGCAACCGACAAAGCACCCUAAGACUGAGUGUGCAAAUUCCUUGCAGUAAUUGCCCAGACAAGGAUACAAUGAAUACAGCAUUAAACAGACCUCAUUGAAGAACUUCUUUGUGUUGUGGAGGCCUGUGGGUACAGUAGGGGAUAGAUAUAAUUACCUAAUGCUAUCCCCCAUCGGUACCAGAUGUGUUAGUGCUGUACUCUCGCACAUGUGUGAACUGCGAGUCUUGUGAUUUCUACAGCCGUCAGUGGCUACAACCAGGGGAAGCUCCACCUUUUGUCAAUCUUGACCUUAACCAUAGCAUAGCCCCUACUUUAAUUUGUAUGUUUUGGCUGCGUUGGAAUGGCAAUGAAAUUCCAUCACAGUCAAUGUUAGCACUUCAUAAAAGAUCUUAUCUGUCUGGAACACAUACUUUAACAAGGUGAGGAAUUCUUAUACCCAGCCUUCAAUAUAUAGCCCCCCCUCCCCCCCUUUACCUAAUGAAGGAAUCCAAAACUAAUCCAGUGGAAACAGUAGAAAACUAAAUUAAGUCUGAUUAAGUUGUUGUAGCCCCCUAUAACCUGCCCCCCUUUUCUAUAUUGUUAGAAAACGUGGCCCCUAUUAUCAGCUGUUUAUUUUACACUGAUGUUUUCAUUGAAGAAGUUUAUAUCAGUAUUUACAGUGUGAUCUCCAGUGGUUGUAACGCCGCUCCGUGUCCGAGUUAGAGGUUACAAGGGAUUAGCUGGUAAUCUAGCUGCCUGAAAAUGCAGCCCGUAUCUACACCUAUAUAACUGUGUAAACUGGGGGACUUGUUACCCCACUACACCGGGGUCAGUACUGUGCAGUAGAAACCCCUCCAGAUUGCUGUUCCAGUCCCUGCAAUGUACAGUGCUUUACCUGUAACAGGCUGACUAAGUAUUAAAUGUAAUUACAGGUGCAAUGACCAGGUGACCCAUUUAAUUGGGAUCCAGGAUUUGGUUGUGUGUAUUGUAUGAGACAGGGAAGUUGAACUGCGGCUUUCCAGGUAUUUGGGAUUUAAACUUCCAUAAUGCCUUGCAAGUCUGUGACUUACAGAGAAUUAUGGGAAAUGUAGUUCAUGUGUCGUCCCAAAGAAAAACAUGGCUUCUUUAAAAGUAAUUGCUAUUCAGGGACCCAGUUGAGCUGCUUGUCUUCAUAUCCUUGUCAAUUCACCUGAUAAUGUGAUAUUGCGAGGUGUAUGACAUCACCACCAGAGCAUUUCAUGCAACCGACAAAGCACCCUAAGACUGAGUGUGCAAAUUCCUUGCAGUAAUUGCCCAGACAAGGAUACAAUGAAUGCAGCAUUAAACAGACCUCAUUGAAGACAUUCUUUGUGUUUAAACAUACUUUACUAAAUAGUGGUACUUUGUAUGUUUUAGUGACAAUGGAUGUUCUGGUAACAUUUGAUUCUUGUAUUCUAAAAAUGAAGCAAAGUAGGAAUAUUUCAUUGGUUUCCAUGGCAACUUUUCCACGUUUAGAACACUGCCCCACAGAGGCUCUUCCUGCAUAAUGCAGACCUUAUUUAUCACGAAAGUGUGCGCUUUCAAAGUAAAUUCAAAUUUACAAAGAGCAGAACUGAAUUCCAUAUUGAGUAAUUUCUAAAGGGGAUGCAAUCAGACAGAACCUUCCAUUCCAUUGCUCUAGAUAUCACCUAGUUAUACAAAGUUUGUAGAUAAGCAAGCUAGCAGUGCCAUUGCAUCAUUUUAUUUAUUUAUUUUAAACGAACAUUAGGUAAUUCUUCAAAGGGACACUAAAGGCAUCCAAACAACUUUAGCUUAAUAAAGCAGUUUUAGAUAUAGUAUAGAAUCGAUCACGCACCUGCAGUCUCACUACCCAAUUUUCUGCUAUUUAGUAGUUAAAUCACUGUUUUUGUUUAUGCAAACCCAGCCUUACCUCCCCUGUGACUGAUCCAGCCUGCAUGAAAAAAAGUGUUCACUUUCAAACAGAAGUUAACUCCUGCUUUAAAUUGAACUUUAUUCACGCACAGGAGGCCCCUGCAGGAUCUAGCUGGAUAUUAACACAGCAGGAGAUAAUGAAUUCAAAAUUAAACAGACUGUGCAGAAAUUAAAGGAAGUUUAAAGGACCACUAUAGUGCCAGGAAAACAUACUCGUUUUCCUGGCACUAUAGUGCCCUGAGGGUGCCCCUACCCUCAGGGACCCCCUCCCGCCCGGCUCUGGAAGGGGGAAAGGGGUUAAAACUUACCUUUUUCCAGCGCUGGGUGGGGAGCUCUCCUCCUCUGUUCCGCCCCGUCGGCUGAAUGCGCACGCGCGGCAAGAGCUUACAAUGCUUUCCUAUGGACGCUGGCAUGCUCUCACUGUGAAAAUCACAGUGAGAAGCACGCAAGCGCCUCUAGUGGCUGUCAAUGAGACAGCCACUAGAGGAUUAGGGGGGAAGGCUUAACCCAUUAAUAAACAUAGCAGUUUCUCUGAAACUGCUAUGUUUAUUAAAAAAAAAAAAAUGGGUUAACCCUAGAAGGACCUGGCACCCAGACCACUUCAUUAAGCUGAAGUGGUCUGGGUGCCUAGAGUGGUCAUUUAAACAUUGUCUCUCUUUACAGGAAGUGUUUAGGAAGGCUGUGUAAAUCACAUGCAGGGAGGUGUGACAAAGGCUGCAUAAACAAAGUGAUCUAACUCCUAAAUGGCUGAGAAUUGAGCAGUGAGACUGCAGGGGCCUGAUCUAUACACCAAAAAUACUUCAUUAAAGGAGUACUAUAGGGUCAGGAACACAAACAUAUAUUUCUGACCCUAUAGUGUUAAAGCCACCAUCUGGCACCCUCUUGCCUCCCUAAAUUUAUUUAUUUAUAAAAUAUUUUACCAGGAAAGAUACAUUGAGAUUUCUCUAAUUUUCAAGUUUGUCCUGGGAAAAUAUUACUUCUAUUCAAGCCUGAAGCUGCUGGCUCUGCCCCUGUCUACCUCAGACCUGCAAGCUGUCUGCUGACAUCAUCAGAAGUGUUGUUCUAAGCCUAUCACAAUGCUUCCCCAUAGGAUUGGCUGAGACUGUCAAAGAGGCAGAUCAGGAGCAGAGCCAGCAUGAUUCAAAUACAGCCCUGGCCAAUCAGUAUCUCCUCAGAGAGAUGAAUUGAAUCAAUGAAUCUCUAUGAGGAAAGUUCAGUGUCUGCAUGCAGAGGGAGGACACACUGAAUGUUUGGAUGCAUUUUAGGCAGCCAUGACCCAGGAAGGAUCUCUAACAGCCAUCUAAGGAGUGGCCAAUAAAGUUAUCACUAGGCUGUAAUAUAAACACUGCAUUGUCUAUGAAAAGACAGUAUUUACAGCAAAAAGCCUGAAGGGAAUGAUUCUACUCACCAGAACAAAUUCAAUAAGCUGUAUUGGUUCUGUUGACUAUAGUGUCCCUUUAAGCUAACGUUGUUGUGGUGCCUUUAAGGGUGAAAUGGCAGGCGAGGGUUCUAAAGGGUUACUCCAACCUAAAGUUUAGGUUGGAGUAACCGUUGGGGGGUGCGGCGUGACUCCAUUAUCUUUCUAUUACCAGAAUGCUGAGAACAGAUAAUACAUUUUCACAGAAUGAUGUUGCCAAAGGUGGAAUUAAACCUUCAGCAGCAGAGAGGUUAACCUCGGAGCCCCUCUAGUGGCUGUCAGUGUGAAUGGUUUUAACCUUUCCAUGUAAACUUUGCAGGAUCCACAAACGGCAGUGUUUUACAUUUGGAGGGUUAAAUGAACGCCCACUGCACCCCGACCAGUUUAUUGAGAUACAUUAUGGAAGAUGAAGUGGCUUGAGCAUACCCUGUGAUGGUAUAGAAAAACUUAAAAGUGACCUUUAUUAAUAAAGGGGAGCAUAGCGUCGGGGAAGCAGUGUGAGGCGUGGUGGGUAUGAGAUUCAUUAUGUCUUUAGUAGCCUCUCUUUGUCACAAGCUAUGUAUUCCAUUUGAAUAGAAUCUCUCCAGACCAGCACACCCUGCUAUAAACCAGGAUCUAAAUACGUAUUCUUUCUCUAUUCUAUAGCAACUGAAGCAGCAGAGAGACAAGCUCAAACAGUAUCAGAAGAGGAUCACACUACAGCUGGAGCGAGAGAGGGGGAUAGCGAGGCAGCUGCUGCAUGAUGGGAAAAAAGAGUAAGUUGUUCAUUGUAGCUGAAUAAAUCCACAUGUGUUCAUUUAUCCCAGUGUCCGAGCCUGGAUCUGCGCUUGGAAAAGCAAAGUGAGCUGUAACUAAUGAUCACAGGAUAUCCGAAACGAACCCACAAUACGAAACGUGAUGCGGAACACUUUGCAUGCAACGUAAUCUCAGCCUUUAUUGUCCUGUUUUCAUGUAUUUUCUUUGGAAAUUGUUUCCUUAAUAUAUUGUGUUGGACUUCUGAAUAAUAUUUGAAGCCUGCGCUAUUUCUGUUAUCACAGCCAGGUUUAAUACACCAAGCGGUUAAUACCCACAGAUUAGUGUUACAUUUCUAACUGUCGGUUUACCUGUACUCGGCCCAGUUUGCUUUGUGUAAUAAACCUGGCUGGGAUAAUGCACAGAUUAGGGUUACAUUUCUAACUGUCUGUGUACCUGUUUCCUGUACUCGGCCUAGUUUUCUUGGUGUAAUAAACCUGGCUGGGAUAAUGCACAGAUUAGUGUUACAUUUCUAACUGUCGGUGUGGCUGUACUCGGCCCAGUUUGCUUGGUGUAAUAAACCUGGCUGGGAUAAUGCACAGAUUAGUGUUACAUUUCUAACUGUCUGUGUACCUGUUUCCUGUACUCGGCCCAGUUAGCUUGGUGUAAUAAACCUGGCUGGGAUAAUGCACAGAUUAGUGUUACAUUUCUAACUGUCUGUGUAGCUGUUUCCUGUACUCGGCCCAGUUUGCUUGGUGUAAUAAACCUGGCUGGGAUAAUGCACAGAUUAGGGUUACAUUUCUAACUGUCUGUGUACCUGUUUCCUGUACUCGGCCUAGUUUUCUUGGUGUAAUAAACCUGGCUGGGAUAUCGCACAGAUUAGUGUUACAUUUCUAACUGUCUGUGUAGCUGUUUCCUGUACUCGGCCCAGUUUGCUUUGUGUAAUAAACCUGGCUGGGAUAAUGCACAGAUUAGGGUUACAUUUCUAACUGUCUGUGUACCUGUUUCCUGUACUCGGCCUAGUUUUCUUGGUGUAAUAAACCUGGCUGGGAUAAUGCACAGAUUAGUGUUACAUUUCUAACUGUCGGUGUAGCUGUACUCGGCCCAGUUUGCUUGGUGUAAUAAACCUGGCUGGGAUAAUGCACAGAUUAGUGUUACAUUUCUAACUGUCGGUGUAGCUGUACUCGGCCCAGUUUGCUUGGUGUAAUAAACCUGGCUGGGAUAAUGCACAGAUUAGUGUUACAUUUCUAACUGUCUGUGUACCUGCUGUACUCGGCCCAGUUUGCUUGGUGUAAUAAACCUGGCUGGGAUAAUGCACAGAUUAGUGUUACAUUUCUAACUGUCUGUGUAGCGGUUUCCUGUACUUGGCCCAGUUUGCUUGGUGUAAUAAACCUGGCUGGGAUAAUGCACAGAUUAGUGUUACAUUUCUAACUGUCUGUGUAGCUGUACUCGGCCCAGUUAGCUUGGUGUAAUAAACCUGGCUGGGAUAUUGCACAGAUUAGUGUUAAAUUUCUAACUGUCGGUGUAGCGGUUUCCUGUACUCGGCCCAGUUUGCUUGGUGUAAUAAACCUGGCUGGGAUAUCGCACAGAUUUGUUUAACAGUUCUGUCUAUGUAGCUGUACCAGUUUGCUUGGUAUCCAUAUUUACUCACAGGUGAAUGUUGUGCAGUAAUUGUGUCUAGCGAUGAAGUCCUGAUUGUCCUUUUCCUCCAGGAAAGCGAAGCUGUUGCUGAAGAAGAAGCGAUAUCAAGAUCAGCUUCUGGAUAAGACCGACAAUCAGAUCAGCAACCUGGAGAAAAUGGUAUGUAAUUACAUAGUUUCAUAGCUGAAAAGAGACUUGUGUCCAUCAAGUUCAGCCUUCCUGAAAUAUGUUUUUGCUGUUGAUCCAAAAGAAGGCAAAAAACCCAGUCUGAAGGGCUUCCAAUUUUGCCACAAACUAGGAAAAAAUUCCUUCUUGACCCCAAAAUAGCAGUCAAAUGUCUCCUUGGAUCAAGCAGCUUUAAUUACCCCACUAAUUAGAAAUUAUAUCCCUGUAUGUAUGUAAGUAUUUAUCCAAUUGCAGUUUAAACAUCUGUAUGGACUCUGACAAAACCACCUCUUCAGGCAGAGAAUUCCAUAUCCUUAUUGCUCUCUGUAAAAAAAUUUUUUCUUUGCCUUAGAUUAAAUCGCCUUUCUUCCAGCCUAAAUGUGUGACCUUGUGUCCUAUAUAUAGCCCUGUUUAUGAAUAGAUUUCCAGAUAAAGGUUUGUACUGGCCCCGAAUAUUUUUGUAUAAUGUUUUCAUAUCCCCUUCUCAGGCGCCGUCUUUCCAAACUAAAAAGAUUAAAAUUUUUUAACCUUUCUUCGUAACUAAAAUGCUCCAUUCCUUUUAUCAAUUUUGUAGCUCGUCUCUGGACUUUUUCUAGUGCCAUGAUAUCCUUCUUUAGAACAGGUGCCCAAAAUUGCACAGCAUAUUCAAGGUGUGGUCUUACCAGCGAUUUAUAAAGAGGCAGAAUUAUAUUUUCAUCCCGAGAAUUUAUGCCCCUAUUUAUACAGGACAAAACCUUACUGGGCUUAGCAACUGCAGAUUGACAUUGCAUAUUGCUGCCUAAUUUGUUGUCUAUAACAAUUCUCAAAUCCUUCUCGUGUGUGUGGUUAUCCCUAGUUCACUACCAUUUAGGGUGUAAAUUGCUUGUGCAUUCUUAACCCCAAAGUGAAUAUCUUUGCAUUUCUCCACGUUAAAUUUCAUCUGCCAUUUUAGUGCCCAGUCCCCCAAUCUAUCCAAAUCCCUCUGCAGCAAAGCAACAUCCUGCUCACAUUUUAUUACUUUACAAAGAUUUGUGUCAUGUGCAAACACUGAUACAUGUCUUUCAAUGCCCAUUUCAAUAUCAUUUAUAAAUAUGUUAUAGAAGCGGUCCUUAAACAGAACCCUGAGGGACACCACUUACCACUUUUGUCCAGCUUGAAAAUUUACCAUUAAUGAUAACUCGUUUUGCUCUAUCCUUAAGCCAAUGUUCUACCCAAGAACAAGAAUAUUCAUCUAGACCAAUUUCUUUUAGUUUGAAGACUAACCUAUUGUGAGGAACCGUAUCAAAUGCCUUGGCAAAAUCCAAGUAGAUCACAUCCACUGCAACACCCUGAUCUAUACUUCUACUUACUUCUUCGUAGAAUGCAAUUAGGUUAGUUUGACAUGACCUAUGUUUCAUAAAACCAUGCUGAUUAUUUCUAAUAACACAGUUCUUACCAAUCAAUUCCUGAAUAUUAUCCCCUAAUAGCCGUUCAAAUAUUUUCCCAGUCACAGAAGUUAAGCUCACAAGUCUAUAAUUUUCAGGCAAGGAUUUUGAACCCUUCUUAAAUAUAGGAACAACAUCUGCCUUCCUCCAAUCCUCCGGUACAAUACCUGAAACAAAAGAAUCUUGAAAAUUAAAUACAGAGGUUCACUUAUUUCCCCACUUAGCUCCUUAAGUACUCGUGGGUGGAUACCGUCAGGCCUCGGGGCUUUAUUUACAUUAAUUUUCUUUAAUAGCUGUAGCACCUUGUCUCGAGUUAUCCAAUCACAAGUUAUUUGCAAGUUUGUUGCAGCAAUCAUUUGCUUAUCUCUUGCCAUAGGAUCCUCAUUAAUAUAUACUGAAGAAAAAUAGUUAUUUAAAAUUUCUGCCUUUUCCUGGUCUUCAUUAACUAACAGACCCAUCUCUGUUUCCAGUGUACCUACACUUUCUUUUUUUGUUUUUUUUUAGAAUUGAUGUACUUGAAAAAAUUUUAGGGGUUGGUUUUGCAUUCUUUGGUUAUCAAUUUCUCAUUUUCUAGUUUAGCCACUUUAAUUGCCUUUUUGCAAGUAUUAUUGGCUUCCUUAUAUCUUAAAUAGGAUGCCUCUGAUUUGUCUGAUUUAAAUGCUUUAAAUGCCCUUUUCUUAGUUUUAAUCUCUUGUUUUAUUUCUCUACUAAGCCACAUUGGUUUUAAUUUGUUUCUUUUAUAUUUAUUACCCAGUGGCACAUACUGAGAAAUAUACCUUUCUAAUAUUUGUUUGAAUAGUUUCCAUUUAUUCUCAGUGUUUUUAUCACUAAGGAGUUUAUGCCAGUCGAUAUGUUGUAGAGCUGCCCUAACCUUAUUGAAAUUGGCUUUUUUUUUUUUAAUUAUACAUUUUAAUAUACCCCAGGUGCUUUUGCUUUUUUGAGUUUAUUUCAAAAGUUACCAUGUAAUGGUGUGCUGUGCAGUCAGGAAAGCCAUUCCUGGUCCAGAUUAUAUCAGUGUCCAACUUAAAAAAAAAUAUUUCUAGUCUUCUCCUCACAUCCAGUCAGUUCCUACAGCUUCCAUCCAGCCCUAACUCACCCUAUCCAUGCCACAAUCAUCCCCUGUCCAUCGCAUUCCGCUUCUCAUUAGUCUUACACAGUCCCAGCUCACCGUGCUAUAAUCUAUAAUGCAUGCAGCAGCCAGAGCUCCCCCCCCCCACUAAUACACAACUGUCCAUCCAUGCCCCUACACUAUGUUCAUACUCUCACGUCUGUCUCUCACCUUCAAGACUCUAGGACAGCUCCAUUCCUAUUAAACUCCCCUCCCUCUCCGUUCGUCUCUCACCCAGUUUCCAUUCUGUGAAAAAUCACUGACAACUCACUUCUGAAAAAAGGCAUGUCAAUGAAACUGUUAACACCUCACUAACCUACCUGCUCUCCUGCACAUUUCCAGACAUAAAAUACAUCUUACCCUCACCUCUUGUCAUUUCACCCUACUUCCCUUAAAAAGUAAGCGCUUUUGAGCAGGGCCCUUUCCUCCUUCUAUUUCUGUAUGUAGAGCUUGUUGGACCUACUAGUUUGCUAGUCCUUCUAUUGUACCGUACUGUGGAAUUUGUUGGAACUUUGUAAAUAAUUAUAAUCCUUUCUUAAUCAUGUGCUGUAUGUGGUUUUGGAUUACCUUCAUUAUUCUACAACUCAUUCCAGGUUGAUAUGAAACCAUCCAUAUUUAUCAACAUGUAGAUUCCUAUAUCCAGGACAGGUAUUACACGUGACAUUAACUAGCAGGAUGUGAUUCUCUUAACAUACAGACUGUAAUGGUGCAUCAGUUCUGUAGAGAAUGUGCUAUAAUGCACUAAGGAUGUAGAGUAGCCUUUCGCUGUAUCGGCUCAUCUGUGUGAAAUUCUCUGUGUUUCUUGAAGAGUUGAUAAACUACAAUGAAACACACAUUCAGAUGGCUCUAGUAGCGCAUCUACACUUCCUACCUCUGAGAAUUGGUUAGAUGUAUACACAAAUAUGGAUACAGCUUAAACCGUAUAAAAAGAACUGGAACCGCAUACAUAGUGAUGUAUUUCAAAAUAAAGUGAAUCAAGUGACUGACUGCACCCACAAGAGGUAUAUAUUGAUAUUUUUUUUUUUUUUGAGCCAAUAUCGAUUCCGAAUCUGUGAACUUUAAGGCCGAUAACUUACUGAUACUGAUAUUCUGUACAUUUACCAUUUUGAAAAAAGAAACAAUUUAUACACAAAUUUGCUGUUGACGGAACAUGUUUAUGAUUAAUUUAUUUUUGCAAAUCUUUAUUUUUUAUUAAGUGGUAAGUGCACAAAAUAUACAUGCCAGUCAGAUUUUCAUGUUUUCAAGAAUAUUUAGUGGUCCUCUCCCUUCCCUGUCCCUUGGUGUACCUCUCCCCUGCCAUCCCUGUCCCUUGGUGUACCUCUCCCCUGCCAUCCCUGUCCCUUGGUGUACCUCUCCCCUGCCAUCCCUGUCCCUUGGUGUGUCCCCCAUCAUGGCAGGUGCAGGUUCUAAGUGCAGCAGUACCAUUCAGGUUUUUAUUUUAACGUCCGAUGCAUUAACUGAAAGAAAAUAGGUGGGCACCUUUCUAAAGGAAUGUCACACCCCAAGAUAUUUUAUACCACCUUCACUUAUACCUGUAUUUAACAAAUAUUUGUUUGCGUGAAAUGAACAUAAAGUUAGAUGUAGAAAUUCAUAUCGCUGUAUUUAGCUUCCUCUCAGAUCAUUUGUAUAAUCGUAUAACAGGUUUGUGCCUGUCAGUCAGCAUAGAGCUAUAUCCCCCUGGAGGCAGAGCUAAUCAAUGGCACAGGAAUGAGGAGGAGAAACCAAUACUAUAUAUUGAUCUUUCUCUAAUGCAGUGUGUGCCCUGACUGUGCCAGGCCUGAACUGCAUUCACUGAAUCUUUAAUAAACUUGUAAAAGAGAAGGAAGCAUGAUAUGAACAGACGAUUUCCUCAGUGACCGCUACCUUUCGAUUAGCAGCUCAUUAGUUAUGUUUUAUCUUGUUAGUCUCCGCAAUGAUUUUGGAUAAAGUUAAUGAGAAGUCUUUGAUUUUUGUCUCACAGGUGGAAGAUAUCGAGUUUGCCCAGAUUGAGAUGAAAGUGAUUGAGGGUUUGAAAGUGGGAAAUGACUGUUUGAAGAAGAUGCACGAGGUGAGUUAAUCCUUUGGGAUCCCUCCUUGUCACCAACAGGACAGCUGGCAUUGAAUGAGUUUGUUUUGGGCAGAUAACUUGAAGUCUCCAUAUAACGGGGGAGAAUGUAUAAGCACUAAUUUGGUGUAAGAUUCUACAAACCUCCAGUCUGGUCACAACACUGAAAUAAUCCAAACACUGAAUCCGGGUCCAAAGCUCGUCCUGUUACCAGGCGAUAAUCCAAAGUAAAGUGACAUUAAUUUGGCUCUGUCGCCUUCAGGGGUCUUUUACGUAGUUUGUUUAGAUUGUAGAAUUACAUCCCCACUUGGUGUGCAGUGACUUGGGGGCAGUUGAAGGUAGAUGGACUCUCCGCUCUUGACACUUCAUCCACCAGGAGCCGAAUCACUCUGUACUCGUGUGCAUGCACAGGAGUACAACGCUAUGGUAUAUGGAGAAUCCCACAAGACCAAUUCUCUAAAUUCCUCAGACUAUGCCCUGUUCCUAGCGACAGCUGUUAGAAUUAACAAAACCUGGCGGAAACUCUGCCUCUUGUCAACCUGGACCUUGACCAUAAGACACAGCAGUUACUAUUUUGUCUUCUGAUAUCUUUUGACACUAUUGGAAAUCAAUUGAAAUGCAGACAACGUGGGUAUUUCACAAACAUUCGAUCUUUAUGAGACUGAAAAGUUGUAUUGCCGUGAAAGAACUACUUUAGCAGUAUAUGUUAAUCUGCUAUUUAACAAGACGUAAUAAUAUAAACAAUAGGAAAUGCAAUUCCUUAAAGGAGCAAACUUGUUUUCCUGGCACUAUAGGGUUAUUAGGUCCCGUCCCCCCACCUUCAGGGCCCCCCCUCCCACUGGGCUGAAGGGGUUAAAAAUCCUUUUUUCAUUUUCACAGUGAGAAUCGCGGAAGCGCCUCUAGCGGCUGUCAGUGAGACAUCCAUUAGAGGCUGGAUUAACUGCUAUGUUUUCAGCUACAGGGUUAAAACUAGAGGGACCUGGCACCCAGACCACUUCAUUGAGCUGAAGUGGUCUGGGUGCCUAUAUUGGUCCUUUUAUAGAAACUGACAGGAUCCAGUGUAUGUAAUAAACUCACACUAAUUAUUUCUGUAAACAAAUAGAAUUUGAGUUGGUCUGACUGAUUUUAAGAAGUAAAAACCAUCGGUACUCAAUCUUAAUUAUUCUCCUUAAAAUUAACUCUUCCUGGAUAUGUUCCUUGCCCGAUUUCGUUAUGGGAUAUGUGUUUUACAUGUCAAAGAUAAUAAAACUGUUUUUUAAAAUGCUGAGGGCGAAUAGGGCCACAUCCAGAGUGUAUUGCUGUCACUGUUCAUGAAAGUCGCUCACAAAUUGUAUCACAAUUCUAAUGGUUCCCUGCUAAACAGAAUGGUUUUUCUUCCAGAUGAUGUCGAUAGAGGAGGUGGAGAAAAUCAUGGAUGAGACCCAGGAAGGCAUAGAGUACCAAAGGGUAAGCCAUUGUAAUACAACAUGUUGCCAUCUUUUCAAAUUCUGAGCUACGCGCUGCUCUGUAAUAUGUGAUGAAGUUAUUAAAAAAAAAUAUAUAUAUAUAACUUUUUUUUUUCUAGCAAAUUGAUGAGCUACUAUCAGGAACUCUGACCGAGGAGGAUGAGGAGGCCAUUCUGGAAGAACUAGAAGCCUUGAGUCAGGUAAAGGACAACCGCACGGGAGCAAAACUGAUUGUUUAUUGGGUGUUCACAUCAGGGAUCUGGGUCCCACCUUUAAUUUAAAUUAAUAUCGAGAGAGAGAGAGCGCUCUGUUUCCAGGAAGAAAAUUCAGUAGAGUUACAAAACAUUUUCUUGGUUAAUAUAAGAUUGAGAGAGUAAACACUUUUAGGGAUCUAGUGAGUGAUAAACAAUAUACCGUCUCAACCCUAAUAAGCGAAGGUUAGUUUUCAGUGCAGUUUCCCGUUAAAGUAUUCACAUGGGGAGAGACAAACCGCUCCGCACUCGCUGGAUGUAGAUAGUGCAGUCCGAAUUGUUUAUUUUAUUUAAUCUGUUCUCUAUAGGAGGACCUGGAACUGCCAGAGGCCGGUUCAGAGCCACUUCCAGACAUUACCCCAGGUAAGGAAAAAGUUAUUAUAUUGUAACUGAUCUGUGUAAAUACCAGUCCCCUAAACCUGCCUGUUUAAUUUGCCCUGUGUCUUCUUACAGAGAAACCGUCCGUCAAGAACAAACCCCAACCGCAGUUGGUGGCUGCAUCGUAACCGUAUUCCUAGUUACUGGAAGAUAUAAUGUUCAAAAGGCAAGCCUCUCUCCGUCAGAUGAAAGGACAAGUCCACAUGUCCCCAAUGGGAUGAAUCAUUCACUCAGGCUGAGGAUUUAUCGCACAUCCAUUAGUCUGUCCUGUCCAUGCACAGGGGGGAGGCUCUCCUAUUCAUUCAGAUACUGAAAUGACCACUAUAUCACUGGGUCACCACCUGUUAGCAGGAAAGGACUUGACGUGGACAUGAUAGUGAAUCAAGACUUGUUUUCUAGCAAAUCUAUUAAAAAGGCAAUUUUUUUUUCUCCCGAUAGUCUGGUGUGAGUUAUGCAAGAGACAGGCUGUGGCCCAUGAGAAGUGCCUGUCAGAAAUUAACUAACCCUUGGCAAUAUGGCACUCCCAGGACCUGGUCAUUACGCUUCAUCUGAAAUGGGACAAACAAAGCCCUGCCUGCAGCUGUAUAUUUCAUUGUCACUCACUUAUUUGUAGCUUGGAGAGUGAAGCUCAAAACACUUACACUGGGCUGAGCCUGCAAAAAGCUGUUGUAGAACUACAAUUCCUAUGAUGCCUUGCUUGCCUUAAGGCAUGCACUACGUCAUUAGAAUAGUAGCUCUUCAAGAGUUUGGGGGCAAUCUUUGCCCUAAGAGGAUCUGGGAUCUAUUCAGUGUUUUAAUUAUUUUGAGAAAUAAAACGAUUAACCAGGCAAAGUAUAUUUACAGUGUACAUGUAUUAUGGAAACCUGUAAAAUGAAACCGCUUCUUUUAAAUACUGAAACGUCAUUUGGAUAAAUAAAAAAUUUAGGAAACAUUUGUACGAAUUUGUUAGUAUUUACUACAAAUGAGUGACCCGUCUGUGAUUGUAGUAAACAUAUCACUAGCUCAUGUUACCAGGUUUGUGUGUGAGAUGUUUAUUUGCAGAAGAUAAUAUUCAGCGAGUUCAGCCUGCAGUUAAUUAGCGGACAUUGAUGUCAUUACAUUGUAUUCAUUUUCGUAGCACUUAUAAGGGCUAGCGUGAAAUCUGCUUUAAUGAUCAUUGCUAAUUAUUACUGUGUAGAAUGGCUUUGUAUUUGUUUAUUUAAAGAUCAGCAAAAUGUGGAACUUCAAGUUGUGCAUUAUUGGGAGCUAGAUACAUUCUCUUGAUUAGACAAGUCUUAUUUCUUCACAUUUAACGUGCGUCUAUGUACACGCCUGCCAUAUGUAGCUUGACCUGUAGGGGGCAUCUAAUCUCAAUAUAUCGUUCACUUAAAUCAAGGAUGAAAAAAAACUUGGAACAGGGGCAGCUAAACUCCAAAAUGGCGGAAGUCUGAGCUUAAACAAAAUGCCAUGAAGGUAAUGGGAACACGUGUCACUUAGCAGAGUGGCAGACAGGUCACCAAGCAUAUGAACCCCAAAUCGAGUAAAAAAACAAAUCUAAGAAUAGACAUGUUUUGUGCAGAUAAAACUUUCUGUGGAUUUUAAGCAUUUGCCGUGGC